AUCUGCUGCUGUGAAGAUGGUGUUUGUUAAAGAAGAGAAUGAACCAGAAACCUGGAGAAUAAAACACGAGGAACCAGAAACCUGGAAAAUAAAACAGGAGGAACAAGAAACCUGGAGAAUAAAACACGAGGAACCAGAAACCUGGAAAAUAAAACAGGAGGAACAAGAAACCUGGAGAAUAAAACAGGAGGAGCAAGAAACCUGGAGAAUAAAACGGGAGGAACAAGGAGGCCUGAUGAAAGUGAAAGAAGAAAGACAAGAUCUGAAUGAGGCGGAGGAGAAACAUAAGGAUCAGAAAGAUCAGGAUGUCAAUGGAGAAAAAUCAGCGAGUUGCAGCAUUCAAAUAACAGACGUCAAAAGGCCUUUCAGCUGCUCUCAGUGUGGAAAGUCAUUCACACGUAAAACAAACCUUGAGAAGCACAUGUUAUUUCAUGCUGGAAUAAGGCCUUUCAGCUGCUCUCAGUGUGGAAACACUUUCAAACAGAAAGAACACCUUCGGAAACACAUGAGAAUUCAUACUGGGGAAAAGCAUUUCAGCUGUUGUCAAUGUGGAAAUACUUUCAUGUGUAACAAAAGCCUUAAGGAUCACAUAUUAAUUCAUGCUGGGAUAAAGCCUUUUACCUGCUCUCAGUGUGGAAAGAGUUUUACACAGAAAGGACAACUUAAGAAUCAUUUGCAAACUCACACUUCAGAAAAGCCUUUCAGCUGCUCUCAGUGUGGAAAGUCUUUCACACGUAAAGCAAGCCUUGAGAAUCACAUGUUAAUUCAUACUGGAGUAAAGCCUUACAGCUGCUCUGAGUGUGGAAAAAGUUUCACCCAGAAAGUACACCUUGAGAAUCAUUUGGUAACUCACUCUUCAGAAAAGCCUUUCAUCUGCUCUCAGUGUGGAAAUGCUUUCACACGUAAAACAAACCUUAAGAAGCACAUGUUAAUUCAUACUGGGAUAAAGCCUUUCACCUGCUCUCAGUGUGGAAAGAGUUUCACAUGUAAAGGAAUCCUAAGGAAUCACAUGUUAAUUCAUACUGAAAUAAAACCUUUCAGCUGCUCUCAGUGCGGAAACACUUUUAAACAUAAAGGAAGCCUUACGAAACACAUGAGAAUUCAUAGUGGGGAAAAGCCUUUCAACUGUUCUCAGUGUGGAAACACUUUCACAUGUAACAAAAACCUUAAGAAUCACAUGUUAAUUCACGCUGGAAUAAAGCCUUUCAGCUGUUCUCAGUGUGGAAAGUGUUUUAGAGAGAAAGUACACCUUGAGAAUCAUUUAGUAACUCACUCUUCAGAAAAGCCGUUCAGCUGCUCUCAGUGUGGAAAGUCUUUCACACGUAAAGCAAGCCUUGAGAAGCACAUGUUAAUUCAUACUGGGAUUAAGCCUUAGCUGUGCUUUCAGUGUGGAAAACUUUUACACUGAAAGGACACCUUAAGGUCCACGCUGCCAACACACAUUUAUGCUCAAACAACAUGUAAAAGUAAAUUUUCAUCUGAUGACUGAAACUUGUGUGCUGUGUAGGGGUAGAUAUUGUUAAUGUUUUGAAGGUAUUACUGCUCUUCCUGAUACUGCUGAUCCAUCUGGUAUUUUAAGUGUUCUUAUUGGUUAUUUUUGUUAUUUAAAAAGAAAAAACAAAACAGACAUUUUAAAGAAAUUAAAAACAAAUUCAGAACAUUGCUGCCAUUUUAAAUUUUAUCAGUCCCUUUGGCCCAAUUUCUUUUUCUCAAAACUAAUAAACUGUGAAAUAUGUUAAGCUGUGAACAAUUAGUUUCUUGUUCACACCAAAUUUGAAUUUCUUAUUAAUAUAAGCAAACUGCAGGUGUUUUAGCACAUGUGCAAAAGGGUAAGUAUUGUCUACAGUUUGCACAAUAACUAAAUGAACAUGGCUUUCUGAUUCUCAGACGAAUUAUAUACAGUGGAUACGGAAAGUAUUCAGACCCCCUUACAUUUUUUUCACUCUGUUAUAUUG